AUGGCCCAGUCCGUCGAAGCUCAUCUCAAGGAUGUCGCCAUCCUCGGUAACAUCCCCAACGACGCCCGCAAGAUCCUGACCAAGGACGCCUGCGCCUUCCUCGCCAUCCUCCACCGCACCUUCAACCCCACUCGCAAGGCCCUGCUGCAGCGCCGCAUCGACCGCCAGGCCGCUAUCGACAACGGUCAGCUGCUCGACUUCCUUCCCGAGACGAAGCACAUCCGGGAGAAUGACGCCUGGAAGGGUGCACCCCCCGCCCCGGGUCUGGUCGACCGUCGCGUCGAGAUCACCGGUCCCACCGACCGCAAGAUGGUCGUCAACGCCCUCAACUCCGACGUCUGGACCUACAUGGCCGACUUUGAGGACUCCUCCGCGCCCACCUGGGAGAACAUGAUCAACGGCCAGGUCAACCUGUACGACGCCAUCCGCCGCCAGGUCGACUUCAAGCAAGGCGGGAAGGAAUAUAAGCUGCGCACCGACCGCACGCUGCCCACCCUCAUCGCUCGUGCCCGCGGCUGGCACCUGGACGAGAAGCACUUUACCGUCGACGGCGAGCCCAUGUCCGGCUCCCUGUUUGAUUUCGGUCUGUACUUCUUCCACAAUGCCAAGGAGCUCGUCGCCCGCGGCGCCGGCCCCUACUUCUACCUACCGAAGAUGGAGUCGCACCUUGAGGCCCGUCUGUGGAACGACGUCUUCAACCUCGGCCAGGAUUAUAUCGGUAUGCCCCGGGGCACCAUCCGCGGUACAGUCCUCAUCGAGACCAUCACCGCCGCCUUCGAAAUGGACGAAAUCAUCUACGAGCUGCGCGACCACUCCUCCGGCCUGAACUGCGGCCGCUGGGACUACAUCUUCUCCUUCAUCAAGAAAUUCCGCAACCACCCCUCCUUCGUCCUCCCCGACCGCUCCGACGUAACCAUGACCGUCCCUUUCAUGGACGCCUAUGUCAAGCUUCUCAUCAAGACGUGCCACCGUCGCGGCGUUCACGCAAUGGGCGGCAUGGCCGCGCAAAUCCCCGUGAAGAACGACCCCGCCGCAAACGACAAGGCUAUGGAAUCCGUGCGUGCCGACAAGCUCCGCGAAGUCCGCGCCGGCCACGACGGCACCUGGGUCGCGCACCCAGCCCUGGCCGCCAUUGCCUCCGAAGUCUUCAACAAGCACAUGCCAACACCGAACCAACUCUUCGUCCGCCGCGAAGACGUCCACAUCACCUCCAACGACCUGCUCAACACCAACGUCCCCGGUAAGAUCACCGAAGAUGGCAUCCGGAAGAACCUAAACAUCGGCCUGAGCUACAUGGAAGGCUGGCUCCGCGGCAUCGGUUGCGUGCCUAUCAACUUCCUUAUGGAAGACGCCGCUACUGCCGAAGUCUCCCGCUCUCAGCUGUGGCAGUGGUCCAAGCACAACGUCUCCACUGCGGAGGGCAAGAAGGUCGAUAAGAGCUAUGCCCUGAAGCUCCUGCAGGAGCAGGCGGAUUCCCUGGCUGCGAAGGGUCCGAAGGGUAACAAGUACCAGCUUGCGGCGAGGUACUUUGCUGGCCAGGUUACUGGUGAGGAUUAUGCGGAUUUCUUGACCUCGUUGCUUUAUAAUGAGAUUUCUUCGGCUGGUUCUGCUGCUAAGCUCUAA